AUGGGUGAACGCUAUAACAUACACAGUCAAUUGGAGCAUCUGCAGAGCAAGUACAUUGGAACAGGACACGCAGAUACUACAAAAUUCGAGUGGUUAACCAAUCAACACCGUGACUCAUUGGCCAGCUACAUGGGACACUACGACAUGUUGAAUUACUUCGCCAUAGCUGAGAAUGAAUCGAAGGCCCGAGUGCGAUUUAAUCUAAUGGAACGCAUGCUGCAACCGUGUGGACCGCCACCAGAAAAACUAGAAGAUUAAUAAGGAAAAAUAUUAAAAAAAAUUUAUAUACAAAAUGCUAUGUUUAUUUUAUUAGAGAUGGGAUGACAGACUUCGGCUUUUACGAUGAUUUUAGUAUUUUUGUAUUAUUGGUGUAUAUAUUGCGACCUAAACUAGUUAUUUUUAAAACUCGAUUAGUGGUCACGUUGCUUGUGGCUCUGCCGAGUGCAGUCGGGGAAAGCUUUUAAACUCGAUAUAACUUAUUUUCGUUUUAAUUAUAUAUUAAUUUGAGCACUAGUGAUUUAUUAAAAUAUUAAAUAAUAAAUAAAUUAAAUGCUGAAGCACAACCAAUAACAUCUCUCGUUUUUGAUUAUACAAAUGUGUACAUAAAAAAGUAAUUCUCUUAACUAUAUAAAUCGAAUAAAUACCGUGAAAAGCUCAGCACCGAAAGUUUAUUGAAAAUCAACAAUAAAAAUCCAAAAGGAAAAAACGAAGAAAAAGAAA